CGGUAACUCGGCGCGAGCCAGCGUCCAGGGUCGCGGCUCGGGCCGCGAGGGGUGUGGCGGGCGCGGGAGGGCAGAUAAAAGGGGCGGCCCGGCGCCGGGACCUCUUUCCCAGCCGCGCAGCUCCGCAGAGGCCGCCGUCGGGGCGCGGGCCGGGAUCGGGGGUCCGUCCGGGGCGCACAGACUGGGCAUGGCGGCGGCGGUAGCCUGCGAGCCGGUGGCCAGGCCGAGCCUGACGUCCAUCUCGUCGGGGGAGCUGCGCAGCCUGUGGACCUGCGACUGCGAGCUGGCCGUGCUGCCGCUGGCCCAGCUGCUGCGCCUGCAGCCCGGAGCCUUUCAGCUGCGCGGCGACCAGCUCGUGGUGCCCGGGCCGGGGGAGCCGGCGACCGUGCGCGGGGGCUUCAACGUCUUCGGGGACGGCUUCGUGCGCCUCGAUGGGCAGCUCUAUCGCCUCAGCAGCUACAUCAAGAGAUAUGUGGAACUGACCGACUAUUGUGAUUAUAAAGACUACAGGGAAACUAUAUUGAGCAAACCAAUGCUGUUCUUUAUUAAUGUACAGACCAAACAGGACACCUCAAAAGAAAAGACGUACGCAUUUCUUGUGAACACAAGGCACCCAAAGAUAAGAAGACAGAUAGAGCAGGGGAUGGACAUGGUCAUCUCCUCAGUGAUCGGAGAAAGUUACCGGCUGCAGUUUGAUUUUCAAGAAGUAGUGAAGAAUUUCUUCCCUCCAGGAACCGAAAUAAUUAACGGAGAAAAUCUGAGCUUUGUGUAUGAAUUCAAAGCUGAUGCCUUAUUUGAUUUCUUCUAUUGGUUUGGGCUCAGCAAUUCCACUGUGAAAGUGAACGGAAAAGUUCUGAAUUUGUCAAGUACAAGUCCAGAAAAGAAAGAGACAAUUAAGUUAUUUCUGGAAAAAAUGAGCGAACCUUUCACUCGAAGGAGCAGUUUCUCUGACCGAAAAUUCAGUGUAACUUCCAGAGGUUCAAUAGAUGAUGUUUUUAACUGCAACCUGUCUCCCAGAUCGUCUCUGUCAGAGCCUCUUUUGUCAGAAUUGCCAUUCCCAAGUGUCCUGGAAUCCGAAGAGACACCCAGCCAGUUUGUCUGAUUGGACUAACCACUCCUGGAGUCACUCCCCUACUCCAACUGAGAGAUGAGAGGAGGUGGAGGCGGGCACUCCUACCCCCUUGGCACCUCAGCUCCCCCUGCCUUCUGCAGAGGGUUCCUAGCUUCUCUCUGUUGGCAUCGUGUCCUGGCAGGCCCAGGUACAGGGCUUCCUUUAAGGUCACCAUUACCAGUGUGGAAGGGCUGCCUGGUCCUGCAACCCUGAACGUACCCUAGUGCCAUAGUUGUUUUCCUGGCAGCUGCCACGGAGCUGUCCAAUUUGGUAGCUGGAUCAAGCGUCACCUGUGGUAUUUUCUGAAUCAGAGUCUGGCCUCUGCUCAGAACAUCCUUGAUAAUGCCCAAAGCCAGAAAGUAUGGGGUUCACAGUGCUCUUUUCUUUAAAGCUGCUGAGCAGAAAGCCUGCAUCAGUUUUCAUGAGGAGGCAAAUAUGUGUCCUGUGAUGUCUCUAUGAAAUCAUAUGAGAAACUUUAGGGUUAAGUUUGCUGGAGGAUGGACCAGGUAGCUCAUGGUAUCCCUGUUGUUCUUUGCCUAAAAUGUGACAUACAUUGACCUCCUGGGCAGAAUGAGGCCAGGUGAUGAAGUACAGGGUAGCAUGCACCUUCCUGAAAGCACACUGUGGCAGCUGGGCAUUUAAAAUAAGCUUUUAGUCACUCUAACAUGAAAACAAAAAUACAAGAAAGCUAUAUAUUGUCAUAAUACAAUGUUACAUCAGCACAUUUUUCAUCUCAGCUACAAAAAGAAAAAGCACAUAGCCAUAUAAAAACUUGCAUGAAUGAACCACUACAUAUGCUCAUAAUAAGAUUUAUGGCUCCCAAGUAUCAUUUUUAUAUCCUUUUUAAAAAGCAUUCCUAUAUUAUACAUUUUGAUAGCAUUACUGAUGGUACUGCCAUUUAUAUUUGAAAUUUUAUGGAGUAUAUUUGCACAAUUAAAAUUUUCUUAGCAUUCAACCUGAAA